AGGGAUUUAAAAAGAAAACACACAGUUUGCAGGAUAAACCUGAAGAUGCUGUGGUUUCUAUUCUGUGGGCUGUGUCUGCUAAAUGGCGCUGUGGGAGAAAAACUUUGUUCCAGGCCGCGAGAAGUGCCAUUCGCCACCUACAAACCGCUGAAAAUAUUGUAUGAAUUCCGAGACGCGCUCACGUACUCAUGUUCACCAGGUUACGUUAAAGAAUCUGGCACAGUCAGGGCUGUUUGUUUAAUGGCGGGGAAUUGGGACCACGCAACAAUAAAAUGCGCACCUAUACGUUGCCCGCCGCCCAGUUUUUUGAAAAAUGGCGCUGUGCGUUACAAGGAUUUCACUUAUGGAAGCCAAGCUCAGUUCUCAUGCAACAAAGGAUAUGAUUUACAAGGAGCUAUUGAGAGCCUCUGUACGGAGACAGGAGUGUGGAGCCCUAAGCUACCAAUCUGCCAACCUAUUACCUGCCCCCCACCCGAUAUUCCAAAAUUUGGAAAGCUUGUCCUACUUACGCCGAGAGCUGGGAACGAGUCCCAUUACCUGGAUGAUAUCACUUACGGCUGUCUCCCAAAAUAUGCUUUAUUUGGAAAUGAAAGUGCCUUCUGCACAGAGAAUAGGACAUGGAGCCAUAUUCCUGAAUGUCGAAAUGUUAAAUGCAAACGCCCCAGCGAAAUAGAGAAUGGUUUCAUGACAUAUUCACCGCCGAGGCUAUAUGAUUAUGAGGAGGUUGUGACUUAUGGUUGUAAGCCAAAUUACGUAUUGGAUGGCCCGAAAAACUCUAUGUGUGAGAAAAACGGGGAAUGGAGCUUAAAGCCAACCUGCAGAGCACCAUGUCGCGUCACAACCAAAAAAGCAUCCGUGCUCCUCAACGGAAGGAAAACGCACGUGGAGAACAUUGCGAACCAGUUAAUUCAGCAUGGAGAUGUCAUUACCUAUUUCUGCAAGGAUGAGAAGGACAAAUGUUCUCACGCGGUGGAUUCUCGCUGUCAGGACGGGCAGUUCUCCGUACCCAGCUGUUAUAAAGAUCCAGGAUUUUUCUCUAUUUUUUCCAAAUCUCCAUCAAAACUACCUCUUUGUACCCCGCAGAAUUCCACACAAUCUACCCCUCUUAGCUGAAGGGGGACUGACACUUCCCGGGAAAUGAUAUCAUUGAAUAAAACAUUGCAUUUCUUCAAUAA